AUGCAUGAAAGAAUAUAUUACAAACUGGAAGGCAAGUCCCUGAUAGGAAAUGUAACGGAGAUUAGAAAAGUAAGGGACUUCUUUGAUUGUUCGUUCGUUUGCAUGGGGAAGGGCAUCCCUGCCUGCCUAUCUUUUAACAUUGGUAGAUCCGCUGAUGACAACGGUUACUAUGUGUGUGAGAUGAGCAACUCAGAAAGGUACAUGGACCCUGAAAGAAUGCAAGACCGCAUUAGUUUUGAUUACUAUGGCACAACUACUGAGGUGAGUUACGUUCUUUUCAUUUUAAUAAAAAGAAGUGAAACUGGAUAAAUUUGCUUUCUUCAAAUUUCGUUUUUCUCUUCGAGAAAAACUCGAAAGAGUCGGUAAAUAAUUCGCGCACGACUCGUAGCUUACAACCUUUUUCGUGCUUUCCCAUCAUCGCGCGUGGGUAAUUACGCUGGUAAACCCUACCGAUAGAAAGUGCGAUCUAUUGUAUAAGUAUUUCAACUCAAAGUUAAAUUAUUGUUUAUUCAAGCUACACGCGAGUGAAUUUCUUUUACUAUUUUUGCUAAAAAGAAAAAAAAAAAAGGGGUGAAAACAUGAAAUUAAAAAAGCUUAAAUAAGUUAAACUUACAGCUGUCACAUGUCUAAAUUUUUUUAGGAAAAUACACAUAUAUAUAUUUGACUUCAAAAUUUUAUCUUACACAAUUUUGUAAUCUUAUACGACCUUUUCUCGAAGAAGUAAACGGAAAUGUUUUUGAUUCUUCACUGCAGAUGCUUUACAGCCUUCUGCCAACAUGUGACAGUAUUACUUGUAAUCAUGGAGGAAAGUGCACUCAAGGUCAGCGGUUGGGUAAAAUUACGUGUCAGUGCCUUCCUGAAGUUACUGUGUUGCCAUUCAUUGACGAUAAGUGUAAUGUUGGUAAGCAUGAUUUUGAUCAUUAAGGAAUAUUUUUUCAUUACGGUUUGAGACUAGAAGCACCAGAUUAGUAAGUACAGACGUUUUCGAUUAGUAAGAAAAGACGUUUUCGAUUAAUUCUGGAGAGAAUCGAAAAUUGGUUUGCGGUGCUAAAAUCAGCAGAGGGUUCAUGGCACAAUUUUGAAUCCCAACAAAUAUUGAUGUUACUGUAUCUCUUUCCUUAGAUAUGAAUGCGAUGACGCAGCUGGGGGCCGUGAGGGGAGUUUUUCAAGCUCAAGUGGGCAUAUAUUCCUUGACCUUUAAUGACGCCCAACGUCUUUGUGCACUGCUUGGGGCAACCUUAGCUACAUACGAUCAGUUAUACACUGCUUGGGAAGCUGGCCUUCAAAGAUGCAGGUACGGUCUACUU